ACCAACUACGCAUUCUUUGGAUACUACCAUGGAGGUAGGAAUACUAUCAAUGUUGGAUAUGUCGAUGGACUCAGUGUCACGCAUGGGCAAUCUCCACGCACACAUAUCUGGACAUUUGCCAGUGGUCUGUUCAAUGGAACCGGUAACGGUUAUUCUCACCUGCGCUGUCCUUGUGAUGAGGGGAACACUUAUGGUUCUCCUUCUCCUCCAUUUGUGGGAAAUGACUACUUUUGUGAUAGUGUGGCCACACCUAAUAACUGGAAUGUAAACCCGAAUCGUUUCUAUCCCGACAAUGCGCUGUGGGAUGGUCAGUCCAGCCUCAACACAUGUUACAAUAACAAUAAUCCUCCGUGGUUUACGAAAACUCUAUCAACUCCAACUACUGAUGACAUUGAGCUACGAAUGUGCUUCCAUAAUCCCAACAUACAUUCUAACAUUGGACUUCAGCUCUUGGAACUAUACAUCAGUUGAAGUGAUUGUGAAUGAAUAUUUGCUGAGAGCUUUUAGUUUAUUAACAAACUCUCUUAGUUUAGCUGAGUGAGAACAUGAACACUACAAGUGAACUCUACCUAGCAUUCUCGUAUUGUAGACUAUAGCUAUAAAAGUUUGUUGCAUGUUUGAAAAAGAUCAAAGAAGCCACA